GGCGGGGCUCCGGCGGCGGCAGCAGAGCGGGCAUGGCGGCGGCGGCGGUGGCGCUGGCGCGGGGGGCGCUCCGACGAGGGCUGCUCGGUCGGCUGCAGCAGGUAGGGGGGCGCCGGACGCCUGGGUCCUCCUCCCGCCCCGCCGGGGCUCUCUCUCCUCCCCCCCCCCCGCGCCCCCUGGGUCUUUCCUCCCGGGCGGAGGGGGGCACCAAGUCUCCCCAUCCCGGCAGCCGGGGGUCCCCGGGGGGGGGCGACGUGGGUGGUCUGCCUUUCACUCUCCGCGGGAAGCGUCUCUAACUCUUGCUCUCUCCGCCCCCCCCCCCCGAGGGAGACCUGAGCUGCUGCAGCGCCUCCAGCGGCGGACGGGAGGGGGCGCGCACGGGCACGCGCGCGGGGAGGGGGGGGCGCGAGGCUCAUUUGUUGCAUCUCUCUCCUGCAAGGAGUUCAAGGCGACCUGGGUGGUCCUCUUCCUCUUCCUCUUCCUCUUCCUCUUCCUCUUCCUCUUCCUCUUCCUCUUCCUCUUCCUCUUCCUCCCCAGUUCAUCCUCACAACAGCCAUGCGAGGUAGGCUCGCUCCUAGCCCGCCCCUCUCGUCCGCACAACAACCCCGCCAGGCAGAGCUGUCAACCUUUCCCCCUUUUUUUAAAAAAAAUAAUUUUUAUUAAAUUUAAUAUAUAAAUUAUAGUACAAACCACAAGAUUUCAUCACCUAUACAAUCAUUUUUUUGGACUUCCAUCAGCACCUCUGAUGAUCCACCGUCUUCACCACUUCUUAUGCAUUUCUUAAGCUCAUAUUGCCUUUAAUUAUCUUAACUCAUCAUCCUCCCCUUUAUCCCUUUUUGCAAUACUUCCAAUAAUUCUCCUCACAAAACUUCUUGCAAACCUGCAAACGUGGUCUGAUCAUCACAGUUACUUUUCAAACAGUCUGUAAAUUCACGCCAGUCUUCUGUGAAUUUCUGGUCCCGCAGAUUUCGAAUCCUUCCUGUUAGUUUAUCUAAUUCCUCAUAGCCCAUCAAUUUCAUCCUCCAUUCUUCUUUUGCCGGUAAUUCUUCUUGCUUCCAUUUUUGUGCCAAUAAUAUUCUUGCUGCUGUCAUUGCAUAUAAAAACAACUUACAUUCCCCCCCCUUUUUUUAAGGGAAAUUCCCAUAUUCCAAAUAGGACUCCUUGCAAGAAAAGGGAAAAGUUGACAGCUAUGCUACGAGGUGGGCUGGGCUGAGAGGAAGCACCUGCCCCCCCCCCAAGUCGCCCCGUCAGCCUCCUGGCCAUGGGGGGAUCUGCUCUAACCACUAGGCCACUGCUGCCCCAGGCGGAAAAGCAGUUUGGGCUGCGGGGUUCUGGAAGGGGGUCUCACCCAGCCCCUGUCUGGAUGGAGGGUCUUCAGGGAGUGAGCCCAGGCCCUUCUGCAUGCAAAGCAGGUGUCCCCCCCCCCAAGGACCUCUUAGAGCUGGGAAAGGCUCAGAAAAGGCAACAAAACUACUGUGACAGAGUGGAUAUGAUUUAAAUCAAAUCGAUUUAAAUCACUAGUCAGUAACUUGGUUUAAAUCCUUGACUUGGUUUAAAUCACUAGUCGGUAAGACUUGAUUUCCAUCAUUUUUUUACAGAAAGACUCCUUCUUGCUGGUAUAAUCUUAAUAUUUACAACCCGAUGAAGGUUUCAUUUUUGGAAUAAUAAAAUUUCAGAGUAGUUUUUCCAGUUAUAUCCAAAAUUACCAUUUUGGUUGUACUAUUAGAAAUACAAAGACAGAGAAUUAUGAAAUUAUUGUGAGGUUUAAUAAGUUUAGAUUUGAACAGCUUUUCUGCUGUACUUUAUCGGAAGGAGAAAAAUAAUAAUUCCCUUAAUAACAAUUUAUUUAACUAAAACAAUAACAUUAUAGCAAAUGUAUCCAUGUUUGUUAACUGAUGUGGUUCAACAUUUUUUUAAAAAAAAACACAACGACAACCUUAGACUGAGUUUCAGCACACAUGAAAAACUUAAAACAAAUCCUUAUUUCCUGAUGAAUAGCCUUUGGACUAUAAUGUAAUUUAAAUAGAAAAUCUUUGGAAAGAUUUUUCCUUCAAAAGCAUUUUAUUUUAAAAAUCCAAUUUAAAUUUUGAAAAUCAAUUUUAAAAAAAUCAUUUUGAUCCAUCCUGUGCUGUGCAGAGUGGGAGGGGAGGCUAGACUGAAAGUGUGGGGUGCUCCCCCUCUGCCAGAUUGGGAGGGGCUCCGAGGGCCCCCCCUCCAGCCUUCAUAGCCCUUAGCGGGAAGGCUUGGCGCUGCCCACCCUCCGGAGAUGGGCAAGGCCUUUGCCCAUGGCAGCUGAUGCCCCCCCUGCCCCCCUGUCUGCCUGCAGCCGAGGGCGUUUGUGGCCACCCAAGGGCCCCCCGGCGGGGAGGUGGAGAAGGCCCAGCGAGCGGCCGAGGGGUCCGGCCCCACCAUCUUCAGCAAGAUCCUGGAUGGCUCCAUCCCUGCCAACAUCAUCUACAAGGACGACCAGGUGGGUACUGGGGGGGGGGGGCAGGAUAUGGGAUUGUAGCAGCCUGGUGUGCCAGAACCAUUUUUUCCUCUUUCUCUCUCUCUCUCUUUGAAAUAUUUUUUAUUGGUUUUUACAAGAACCAAUUUAAAAUAAUGAAAAGGGGAAAAAACAUUUACCAUAUCCACAUAUGAGAUUCUCUGAAUCUUGUGACUUCCCCCCGUCCCCUGCGUGGGUCAUUAAAAUACAUUUUCUACGACUACAUAUCAUUACGUUCUCCACAGUUUUUAUCUCUCUAAAUUAUCCAUGUCUUUCGUUUCUUUACAAGUUAUUUUAUUUUUAAUAUAAUAGUUAUUAAAUUUCCAUUUUGAAUUAAUUAAAUACAUUCUUAUUUUUUCACAUUCGUAUUUGCUCAAAUGAGCUGUUGACCUCCCUCCCUCCCACCUCAUGGUUACCCUAAUUCUUUUCUAUAUCAUAGCAUUUGUACUUUUUCCUGUUUAUAUUUCGUCCAUAUCAAUUCCCAUAUUUUAAAAUAACUACCCUAUUUUUUUGUCCUAUAGGGCGCACCAGCCCAUAGGACGCACCAAGUUUUUUUGGAGGGAAAUUUAAAAAAUAUAUAUUUCGCCCCCCACCAGCCGCGGGGCUGGGGCGGGGGAAGCCCGAGCUUCCCCCGACCCCAGCCCCCAGAACAGGCUGCUGCCCACAAGCUUUGCGCGCCCGGCGGGACCUCCCUCCGGGCUCCCAAGGCUUGCGGAGAGCUUCCUGAAGCCUGGAGAGCGAGAGUGGUCGGUGCGCACCGAUGCCUCUCGCUCUCCAGGCUUCAGCGAAAGCCUGUAUUCGCCCCAUAGGACGCACACACAUUUCUCCUUCAUUUUUGGAGGGGGGAAAGUGCGUCCUAUAGAGCGAAAAAUACGGUAUGUAAAAACAUUCCAAAAAGAGUGGAGUAAAUUCAUACAAUAUUUGAAGGACAAUUGCAAGCAAUUAACAACACUAGUAGGACUGGCUUAAGAAGACUUGUAAAGUUUCUAGUAGAUACCUUUUUACAAGUUAUUUUUAAAGCCCAGUUCAUGUUUUAUUUGUUUACAAUGGUCUCCUAAAUAAGUUAUGAAUUUUUGCCCAUUCUUUUUUAAAGUCUUUAUCUUCUUGAAUCUUGAGUCUCCCGGUCACUUUUGCCAUUUCAGCAUAGUCCAGCAGUUUGGUAGAACCAUUUUUUUCCAAGUUGCCCAGCUUCGCACUCUGAACAUUCAAAAAAUACUAAUACUAAUACUAAUUAGUACCCAGCCAGUUGGGUGGGAUAUAAAUAAUAAAUUAUUAUACGAAUACUAAUAAUACUAAUAAUAUAUUAUAUAUUUCCCCAGCCACUCUGGGCGGCUUCCAACAAAAGAUUAAAAAUACCUUAAUGUCCCUCUGGGGUCAGGCAAAGGAGGCCUGGCACCGGGCACUUGAGGGUCGUGGGCACCCCCUCCCUCCCGCCCACGGGGCUCCUGAUUCUGCCCCCUCCCUUCUCUGCAGUGCGUGGCCUUCCGAGACGUGGCCCCCCAGGCCCCGGUGCACUUCCUGGUGAUCCCCCGGCGCCCCAUCCCCCGCAUCAGCCGCGUGGCAGAGAGCGAUGCCCAGGUGAGCGAGGGCAAGACUGAGGGCACCCCGGUUCCGACCCGAGGGGGGUGGGCCAGCCCUGCUCUAAGGGGGGAGGGGGGAGAGGAUCAAUAGGGAGCUGGUUUCAGAGAUCCGGGGGGGGGGGGACCAGAAACCCUCAGCCGUGGCACAGAAGUGAGAGGGCAGCUGUCUUGGAAAUGAUGGUUUCAUUAAGGAGGAAUGCCAGGUCAUCCCAAAGGAACCUGAGGGUUCUAGUCCUCAUUGGAAUCUCAAAUUACUUGUAACAAUCUCUAUUAUGGCCAUAUUCCACACGGAGCAGUAAAAAGCGUCCCGGGUGAGGUGCUUUUUCUCUCACUUGUGCCCUUUCUUUCCCAUUUGUGGAAACUUCACAUGUAGUUUCCUUGGGGCAGGGACCUGCCGUUGCAAUUUAUUUCCUUACGCUUCUGCCAAAUGUCACUGGCACCAAGGGCCAGUGCUGGAUUUACCUAUAAGCUAAACAGCUAUAGCUUAGGACCCCUCUCUCUUGGGGGCCCCCAAAAAAUUUAAAGGAAAAAAACCUGGAUGUCCCUUUACAAAAUAUAAGAUAAAAAAACAAAUAAAAUAAAACCUACAUCCAGCAACAGUGUUUUGUGUUGUGCAGGCUCCUGUGAUGUAAGUUAUGGCCCCCGCCUGCUAGCCUGCUCCCUAAAAUAUCACUGCUUUGCUCAUUUCUAUAUUUCACUAUUAAUAUACUUCUUAGUUGUGUUUCAGUUCAACAAUUACUUUGAUAAAAUACUUAUUUUGGUGUGUGCAAAUGGCCUAUUAGGUCCUUAAAUUACCAUAUAGCAUAUAUUCAACAAACCUAACUCUGGGCCUGCCAAGGGCAAUUAUAAAUGCUCCAAUUUGCCCAAAGCCCUUUCGUCCCUCGUUGGAGGGCUCUUUAUUUGAGGCUCCCCGUCUGUGGAAUGCUCUCUCCAGGGAAGUUCGCCUGGUGCCUUCAUUGCACACCUUUAGGCGCCAGGCAAAAAUGUUCCUUUUUAAGCAGGCCUUUGGUUGAUCCGAUUUACAUCUUAUGCCCUUUUAAAAUGUGUUUUUUGGUCGGGGGGGGGAAGCUAUUGGGUUGUUGUUUUUAUUUUUUAUGUAUUUUGUGGUUUUAUAUCUUGAUUUUAUUCUGUGAAACGCCCUGAGACCUCUGGGUACAAAGCAGUAUAUAAAUUCAAUUAAUAAAAAGAAUAGAGAAUAAGAAUUUAUGUGGUUACAAUAUUUUUUUUAAGUGGAAUAUAUAGAGAGAAUACUUUUUAAAAAAUAUUGUAACGACAUAAAUUCUGUGCCAGGUUUGGAUGGAUUUUCUGCAUGAAUUGGGUGAUAGUUACAGAGCCAAAACGAUGAGUAUUUAGGAGAGAUGAAUCUUAGUGCGCAGUGAAAGGAAACUUAGGAACCACAGUGAGGAGAUCAGAAGUCAUCCUAGAAUUAGUGAAGAAUUAACUCAGUUCUGGAUGUCAGAAGUGUAAACUCUUUAUCGGAUUACUUUUGGUUGAAUACUACAUAUGUGAUGUGUUUUUCUUUGUUGCACUAUGUUUUUUCUUUUAAAACCAACAAAGUAUAUACAGUGGUACCUCAGGUUACAUACGCUUCAGGUUACAGACUCCGCUAACCCUCGGGUUAAGAACUUUGUGGUACAGCGGUACCUCGGGUUAAGAACUUUGCUUCAGGAUGAGAACAGAAAUCGCGUGGCAGCAGUGGGAGGCCCCAUUAGCUAAAGUGGUACCUCAGGUUAAGAACAUUUUCAGGUUAAGAACGGACCUCCGGAACGAAUUAAGUUCUUAACCCGAGGUACCACUGUACUGUAGAUAUAUAGAGAUACUUACAGUCGUACCUGGGUUGAAUGUGCUUCAGGUUGAGCACUUUUGGGUUGCACUCCGCAGCAACCCGGAAGUAAUGGAGCACAUUACUUCCAGGUUUCGCAGCUCGCGCAUGUGCAGACGGUCAAAAUGACAUCACGCGCAUGCGCGGAAGCGGCAAAACGCAGCAUAUGCAGACGCGCAGUCGCGUCUUACGUUCCAUUCAGGAUGCGAAUGGGGCUCCAGAACAGAUCCCGUUCGCAUCCCGAGGUACCACUGUAUAGAUAGAGAUAGAGAUAUAAAAUAAAAAUCAAUAAGUAAUGAGAAUAAGAAUCUGCCUGCAAUGCAGAGGGUGGGUGGGGGUCCCGCCUGGCCCUGGGGGUCUCAGAGCCACCCCUUGACCCCUUCCCCUCCCCUGUCCCCAGCUCCUGGGCCACCUGCUGCUGGUGGCCAGCAAGACAGCGAAGGCCGAGGGCCUGGAGGACGGCUACCGGGUGGGUGAGUAGCAGCCCAGAACACCAGCCCCCUGCCCCACCCCGCGAAACCCUGCCCCUCUGCCCUGGGCUAGAGAGGGGGUUUGCUCCGCCCUGGAGGCUGGCGGGAAUCCUGUAGAUAUCCCUCUGGGUGAAGACUCUCUGGGCCAUCACCCUCCCGUGACCCCAGGAUGCCUGAGCCCCUUGGAGUCCGGGAAGGGGCGCUGUGCCCCUCUGAAUGCCUCUUGAGGGGGGUACCAUCCCCCUGGAACAACCCUCGCUGGCAGCCCCAGCCGCCCUCCUCCUUUGACCUGGGCGACCACUGCAUGCUGCCCUCUCUGCACAGCAGCCCUGCGAGGUAGACCAGGUGCCGAGAGAGGGCCUGGCUUUCCUGCCCCCCAAGUCGCCCCUCUGGAGCCAGAUUGUGGGGCCCUCUCCCUCCUCCUGGGCUGGGGCCCUUGCCUUGGGGCCCUGGGGCCCUUCUCCCCUGCGCUCUCCCUGCCGCAUCAGAGCCCCCCUGCCAAUUAUGCUUCUGCCCUUUCUUCUCUUCCAGUGAUCAACGACGGGAAGCAGGGGGCCCAAUCCGUCUACCACCUCCACCUCCACGUUCUGGGCGGGCGUCAGAUGGGCUGGCCCCCCGGCUGAGCCCGCAGCCCCUCAGCUGGGCCACAAGGGAGCCACCCUGGAAUAAACGCAGCAGCAGCCCUGGGACCCGG